GUAGGUGGGGAGUGUUUUUGUUUUGGGUUGAAGUUGAGGCUGAGGAGAGAGAAGAGCUAGCGACGAGCAGUCGUCGCCACCACCGCGGGAGGUGGAGGAGGCCCUGCCGGAGUCGAGAGGUCUCUCCUCCCCGCCGACGGUCCCUGCCCGCAGCUCCUCUGCCUCCUCUCGGUGCCGGAACUCCCGGGCCUGCCCGGGGCCCCCAGUCUUUGCACUCCGCACGCCGCAGCGCCCGGCCCCGGCCGCACCCGCCGGCCCCAUGAGGAGGGACGUGAACGGAGUGACCAAGAGCAGGUUUGAGAUGUUCUCAAAUAGCGAUGAAGCUGUAAUUAAUAAAAAACUUCCCAAAGAACUCCUAUUACGGAUAUUUUCUUUUCUGGAUGUUGUUACCUUGUGUCGCUGUGCUCAGGUCUCCAGGGCCUGGAAUGUUUUGGCUCUGGAUGGCAGUAACUGGCAGAAUGACCUGUUUGAUUUCCAGAGAGAUAUCGAGGGCCGGGUAGUGGAGAAUAUUUCAAAAAGGUGUGGGGGCUUUUUACGAAAGUUAAGUCUUCGUGGGUGUCUCGGAGUAGGAGACAAUGCAUUAAGGACCUUUGCACAAAACUGUAGGAACAUUGAAGUACUGAAUCUCAAUGGGUGUACAAAGACUACAGAUGCUACAUGUACUAGCCUUAGCAAGUUCUGUUCCAAACUCAGGCACCUUGACUUGGCUUCCUGUACAUCAAUAACAAACAUGUCUCUAAAAGCUCUGAGUGAGGGAUGUCCACUGUUGGAGCAAUUAAACAUUUCCUGGUGUGACCAAGUAACCAAGGAUGGUAUCCAAGCACUAGUGAGAGGCUGUGGAGGUCUUAAAGCCUUAUUCUUAAAAGGCUGCACACAGCUAGAAGAUGAAGCUCUCAAGUACAUAGGUGCACACUGUCCUGAACUGGUGACUUUGAACUUGCAGACUUGCUUACAAAUCACAGAUGAAGGUCUCAUUACUAUAUGCAGAGGGUGCCAUAAGCUACAGUCCCUCUGUGCCUCUGGCUGCUCCAACAUCACAGAUGCCAUCCUGAACGCUUUAGGUCAGAACUGCCCACGGCUUAGAAUAUUAGAAGUGGCAAGGUGUUCUCAACUAACAGAUGUAGGCUUUACCACUCUGGCCAGGAAUUGCCAUGAGCUUGAAAAGAUGGACCUGGAAGAGUGUGUUCAGAUAACAGAUAGCACAUUAAUCCAACUUUCUAUACACUGUCCUCGACUUCAAGUAUUGAGUCUGUCUCACUGUGAGCUGAUCACAGACGAUGGAAUUCGUCACCUGGGGAAUGGGGCCUGCGCCCAUGACCAGCUGGAGGUGAUUGAACUGGACAACUGCCCCCUAAUUACAGAUGCAUCCCUGGAGCACUUGAAGAGCUGUCACAGCCUUGAGCGGAUAGAACUCUAUGACUGCCAGCAAAUCACACGGGCUGGAAUCAAGAGACUCAGGACCCAUUUACCCAAUAUUAAAGUCCACGCCUACUUCGCACCUGUCACUCCACCCCCAUCAGUAGGGGGCAGCAGACAGCGCUUCUGCAGAUGCUGCAUCAUCCUAUGACAAUGGAGGUGGUCAACCUUGGUGAACUGAGUAUUUAAUGACACUUCUAGAGUUACCAUGGAUCUCCAUUGGAAGCGACCCCAGUGUUCCGGGCAAAGGUUACAAAGUGAGGGCAGCGUCCAGAUCCCCAGAGCCACACAUACAUACGCAUACCCACUCUCACCCCCACCCACUCUGUCUCUGUGACCAGGGGAUUGGGUUCGUGCUGGCUUUAUCAUGUGGAUUGGUAAAACUUAACCAUUCCUGUUGGAUGUGCCCAGAAGAAAAUCAUAAGCAAGGUAGACGGAAGGGGGCAUUCCAGCAAACCCAGUGUUACCGCUACUGUGGUUUCUUUAUUUUGUUAAGGGGUUUCUUUGGCAGUUUUGGAACAGCAGCUGCAGUCCUCCAGGGUCAAGGAAAGCAUAGAAAAACAAUACAUGUCGUAUCCAGGGACCAGAGAGGAAAUUUCUUUGCAUCCUAUAAAUGGUAGCCAUCCAUUGUAAGAUGA